AUGACCGAAGAAAAGGAUUUAAUCAAAAAACGUGGCAGUUAUAAGGGUCGGCUAACUAACUUCUCAAACUACAUGAAUUCUUUGGAAAGUACUUCACUUACCUCUGUGGCCGCCAAUGAGUUGCAGUUAAGAGUCAGUAGAAUGGAAUCAUUAUUUAGUGAGUACGAUGAAGUGCAGUUAAAGUUAGAAUGCUUGUCGUCUAGCAUUGACCUUCAGUUAUCUGAGCGAGCUGAGUUCGAAGCCCAGUACUUCAGUGCAAUUGCUAAAGCACAGGAUAUUUUACAUUCAUUUAAUAAAAAGCAAGAAGACCUGGGUAGCGAACGUGCAAGUAAUUCUAGUGCUAGCAAUCAUAGGCUUGUUAAACUUCCCGUCAUACAGUUGCCAAAGUUCUCAGGUUCAUAUGAGAAUUGGCUCGAGUUUCACGACACAUUCCUAAGCUUAAUUCAUUCAAAUGACGAAAUCGAUGAAAUAAAUAAAUUUCACUAUUUAAGAUCGUCACUAGAAGGUUCAGCGGCAGUGGUUGUUAAAUCGGUCGAAUUCUGUUCUAAAAAUUAUCAAACUGCAUGGAAACUUCUGUGUGAUCGUUUCGAUAACAAACGUUUAUUGCUGCAGAAUCACGUUUCAGCAAUAUUUAACAUCGAAACAAUCACCAAGGAGUCUUCAUUUGCGUUAAAACGUAUGAUCGACCAAUUGAACAAAAACUUGCUCGCAUUGGAAACACUAGGCGAACCCGUAAAACAAUGGGAUACAUUACUUAUUUACAUUGUGUCACAUAAGUUAGAUGCUAAGUCGUAUCGGGAAUGGGAAGAGUACAAAGGUCGCUUAGAUAAAGAUAAGCCAAUAACUCUCGAAGCGUUUCUAACAUUCAUGCGAAAUCGUUCUGAUUUAUUGGAAACGUUGGAACUGUCCACUAAUAACACUGUCGGUCGAAAUAACACUUCUCACAAAAACACUCCGAAGUUGAAAACUUUGUCCGUACAGGACACUAAACAAAACACUGUGGCUAAGUGCCCUAAAUGCAGCGGUGAACAUUAUUUACCUAGUUGUUUACAGUUUCUCGCCCUUAGUAACGCCGCGCGAUUGGAAUUAUUACCGAAUUUAAAGGUUUGUUACAACUGUUUACGCGGUGGACAUUAUGCUAAUCAUUGCAAAAAGCCAGGAUGCAAGCUAUGUAAGCGAAAGCAUAACACAUUAGUGCAUGUUACCGAUAGCAAACCUACAUCGAGCGGAGCCUGCGCGUCCGGCCGCGGCGAGGAGGAAAAUGCAACUAAAAAUAAUAAAUCGAUUUUUCCUGUUAAUCAAUCGUUACCUGCCGCGCCCGUUGCAUCUCAUUCUGGUUUAGGGAAUAUUUCGCAUGAUGUCUCGCCCGCCUCGGUACAAACACUAUCGGCUCAAAUUAUGUCUAACUCGCCACCAGCGAAACAUGGCAUGCUUGCGACUGCGCUAGUCAAGGUUUACGAUGGUAAUAAUAAAGAGCAGGUAGCUCGCGUCAUGUUAGACAACGGUAGUUUUGCUUGCUUAAUAUCUCAGAGUUUUUGUGAGAAAUUAAAUUUACCUACAAGUCAAAUUAACACUACAAUUUUAGGUGUAAAUAAACAACCUAGUGAAAUAGGAGAAAUGUGUCUUGUUCCUAUAAAAUCUUUAAACGACACAUAUUCAGUAACAGUUAACUGUUAUGUUCUGCCAUCCUUAACUGAUGACGUCCCCUGUCGUCAAAUUAAUCUGGCAGACCUUAAUAUCCCAAGCGACAUUUGUUUGGCUGAUCCAAACUUCUAUGAACCCGCACCUGUCGAUAUUAUAUUAGGCGCUGAGGUGUUUUGGGACUCAUUUCCUACACGACCUCAGAUCAUUCGACUAGGUAUUGGACUUCCGAUGCUCUGUGAAACUCGCUUUGGCUAUUUGGUUGCUGGUCGGGAAAUUACCGACAGUCUACCUUCCAGCAUUCAGUGUUUCUUUGCUUCUGGUCUUUCGCACACAGGUGAUAAUGAUUUAAAAUGUAACGACGACAUCCAAACCCAAUUAACGCGGUUUUGGCAGCUCGAAGAAGUUAGCCAUAAGUCGUCACAUUAUUCACCUGAGGAAAAAAUGUGCGAAGAACACUUCGUUGAAAAUACUUCGCGGCUAGCCGACGGACGAUUCUGCGUCAGGCUGCCUUUAAAACAAAGCGAAAGUGUCCUAGGCGACUCAUUUCAACGCGCAAAACACUGCAUGCUCUCAUUGGAGCGUAGAAUUAAAACCAAGCCUUCAUUUAAAGCUUUAUAUCAUGAGUUCAUGGCAGAGUACGAAAGCUUGGGUCACAUGUCACAAGGUAGACAGAUCGCACAUGAGGAAAAGGGUUAUAUAAUACCUCAUUUCGGAAUUUUGCGCGAAAGCACCACUACAAAGCUUCGAGUGGUGUACAAUGCUAGUAGCCCGUCUACCUCAGGUGUCAGUCUGAAUGACAUUCAGAUGGUCGGACCCACUGUGCAAGACGACCUUCUGUCUAUUCUGAUUAGGUUCAGGCAGCACAGGUACAUCAUUUCUUCAGAUGUUGAGAAAAUGUACCGUCAGAUAUGGGUGCAUCCUGACGACCGCCAUCUGCAGAAAAUUCUUUGGCGCAGCUCAGAGACCAAGCCACUAUUAGUGCACGAGCUCAACACUGUCUCAUAUGGGACAGCCAGUGCUCCCUUCCUGGCCACCAGGUGUCUCAAACAGAUAGGCUUAGAUUGUGAGGACGAUAAGGUCAAAGAAGCCAUCGUUCACGAUUUUUAUGUUGACGACCUGCUGACAGGAGGAGAUGACCUUACUGAGGUGAAAACUAUUCGCCAUAAAGUGACUCAAGCACUUUCUUCCGCAGGAAUGAACCUGCGUAAGUGGAAGUCAAACGAGGCUCGCCUAUUAUGUGAACCCUUUCAAUCCUCUGUGGAUUUGAAUAUAGGAUCAAAUGAGCCCAGCAAAACGUUAGGCUUAGGCUGGCACCCUGAGUCUGACGAGCUGUAUUUUCCGAUAGGGAAGAUAGUCUCUAAGGGAAAUACCAAGCGCGACAUGCUUUCAGUGAUUGCUCAGAUUUUCGAUCCAUUAGGGCUUCUAUCUCCGUUCGUAAUCACCAUGAAAAUGCUACUGCAGCGGCUGUGGCUUCAGAAGGUUUCAUGGGAGGACGAACUGUCUCCAGAGAUCACCACGCAAUGGGUAGAACUCUUGGAAGGAUUGCCGGCACUGAAUAACGUUAGAGUCCCUCGUCAUGUUAUUUGCAGCUCACACGUUGCCUUUGAUCUGCACAUUUUCUCAGACGCAUCUGAACGCGCGUACGGCGCUUGUGUCUACGUGCGUAGUGUAGACAAGGAAGGUCAGGUGUUAGUUAGGUUGUUGAUUGCGAAAAGUCGAGUUAGUCCAAUCAAGCCUACAACCAUACCUAGACUCGAAUUGUGUGGAGCUCUCGUUAGUGCUCAUCUGUAUGAAAAGGUCACGUCUUCACUUCGAGGUCAGGCCAGAAGCACGACUUUUUGGACUGACUCAACGAUUGUGUUAGGUUGGCUCAAGAUGAUGCCGAGUAGGUUGCAACCCUUCGUGAGGAACCGAGUGUCAGACAUUUUAGAAAUCACCGGCAGUUGUUCUUGGAGGCAUGUUCCAACAGAUCAAAACCCCGCGGAUUUAAUUUCCCGUGGAACUCAUGCUAGCGUUAUUGACUCGUUAGAUUUGUGGUGGUCGGGUCCUAGUUUUUUACAACAGGACUCAUCUCAGUGGCCGUCGAAUCCUGCCACAAAACAAUGCAAUGAGCUACCUGAAACCCGCGUUGAGGUUUCCUUGCACGUCAACGAAACUCAAGAGACUCAAGAGUCAUUGAUAAACUUCAACCGAUUUUCCAACCUGUCACGGCUCAUUCGUGUUAUUGCGUACGCUCUGCGCUUCAUUACGAACUGUCGUAAAAGUAUAACGUCUACGUCGUCGACGUACCUCAAUCACGACGAACUAAAUACCUCAUUGAAAUUGAUUACCAAAUUUAGCCAGGUCGAAUCAUUUCCCGAGUAUGAAGUUUUAGCUAAAAAACAAAGUUUGACUAAAAAGAGUAAACUUUUAAAAUUCAACCCAUUCCUAGAUAGCGAUAAUUUAAUGCGCGUGGGAGGCCGUCUUUCCAAUUCUGAAUUUACGUAUGAUAAAAAACAUCCCAUUAUUUUACAGUCCACACAUCGAUUUACCAAAUUAUUAUUCAGUUAUGAACAUAAGAGGCUCCUGCAUGCACCGCCUCAGAUGUUGUUAUCAACGAUUAAAGAGACCUAUUGGCCCAUAGGGGGUCGUAACUUGGCAAAAGCUUGCUACCAUCAGUGCAUACGAUGCACAAUUAUGAAAGGAGAAACAAUGGCUCCAUUGAUGGGUAAUUUGCCGAGUUCUCGGGUAUCACCUGGAGGCUAUCCGUUUAGGAAUGUGGGCGUGGACUACGCAGGUCCACUUAUGGCAGCCAGCCGCCAAGGUCGUGGUUGCACAUUGGUCAAAGUUUAUGUUGCCGUUUUCAUAUGCCUCACAACCAAGGCAAUACAUUUAGAAUUGGUGGGAGAUUUAACUAGUAAAACUUACUUGUUAGCACUGUCUCGAUUCAUGUCUCGACGCGGACAGCCAGACAACAUUUAUUCCGAUAACGGCACUGCAUUCGUCGGAGCUUAUAAUGAAAUCACCAAGUUUCUUAGGGAUAACUGCAACUCAUUGGCUGAAACUUUGGCAAGUGAAAAGACUAAAUUUCACUUUCUUCCUGCUUACGCACCUCACUUCGGAGGCAUUUGGGAGGCCGGUGUUAAGUCUGUCAAAUAUCAUUUGCAACGAGUGUUGGGCAAUUGUAACUUAACUUAUGAACAGCUUAACUCUACACUUAUCAGCAUCGAAGCACUUCUGAACUCCCGGCCACUAACACCUCUGUCAUCACACCCGGAUGAUCUCUCAGCGCUCACACCUGGACAUUUCCUUGUCGGACGUUCACUCACGUCAUUGCCGGUGCACGACCUGCGAGAUCACACAUAUCAGCAUCUUUCACGAUUCCACCGAAUUGAACAGCUCCGUCAACAUUUCUGGGCUCGGUGGACAAAGGAGUAUAUCCCAGAACUGCAGCAUCGAAUCAAGUGGAGACUCAACCAAGAUUCCCUGCAGAAUAACACCCUCGUUGUCUUGAAGGAAGACAACCUGCCUCCGUUGAAAUGGCGACUUGGACGCAUUAUAGCCACUCACCCUGGUAAAGAUGGCAUAUCUCGAGUGGCUGAUGUGAAGACAUCUGGAGGAGUCGUUCGACGGGCUUUCAGCAAGAUAUGUCCGCUUCCUGUGGCUACCGAAUCUGCUUGA